AUGGCUGCCUUGGAAUGGGUUUUCAAGCAUCGUUAUUUAAUUCUCCUUUGGAGUGAACUGGAAGUCUUGCUUUUUUCAGCCAUAAUUUAUGGCUGGGCAGCUCUAGCAGUAGUCUUGAAACAAGAUAACAUAUUUCAUGACUUGUGCGAACGUACAAACAACGGAAAUUCGACUUUGACAAUCGGCGAAUAUUGCCUCAAAAACUAUAUUGAUGAACGAUUAGAUUUGGUUUUUCUGACCGGUGUUCUUUCGUUUAAUGCAAUUGGUAUUGUUUCUGGACCUUUUCUAGACCGCUUUGGACCGAGAAAAACACGGCUGCUUUCGAGGUAG